AUGCGAGCCCCACGUUUCCGCAAGGAAGACCCCGCAACGUCGGAUGCUAGUGUCACCGCAGACGAAUUCCUACAACUCGGUUGGUGUACCCAUCAACUUCAACGCCUUCAACGAGUGUGUUCGCCUGAAGCCCUUCGCUACCUCAGCACCCUCGACCGGCGCGGGUACCGUCCAAGCAACCACCGCGCGUGCACAGAAAAGCCCUGCUGCAUCGCCAAUAACGUGGAUCCUAAAAAUUACCAUGCUGCACACACACAAACGUGUUCAGGCGCAUGUCCGCCCGUGGCUGUCGAUUACAAUGACGUCGUCAACAUCAUCAACCUCGGUGGAGUUCCCAUAGUCAGUAUCCACGUCGAUGCUGCGUCAACCCAAGACAGCCCUCUUCUUAGCCUGAAAGUCACGCCUCGCGCCAUCUCAACACGCUACACGGUCAUCUCUCAUGUGUGGUUCGAUGGACUAGGCAAUCCCUUAGCCAACGCGUUGCCAACAUGCCAGCUACAACGCCUGCAUUCACAGUUGCUGUCUAUGCCGCCCGAUCACGAGAGCGGCGUCUUCAGCGUGGGCUCGCUGCAGGUAGACUGGUCGCGACAAAGCUUUAUCCGUCAUCCGAAUCGUCAACCGCCGUUGUUCUGGAUGGAUACUCUCUGCAUUCCUGUUGGUGAAGGGCACAAGCACCUUCGCAAGACAGCCAUCAAUCAGAUGGCAUCCAUCUACGCAGCAGCCAUUCAGGAGCUGGUGUUGGAUGCAGAAUUGAUGCAGUGUGAAGCUGGCGCAGGUGCGGCUUUGGAGAUGCUCGCACGUAUGGCAUGCUCGGCUUGGAUGACACGCAGCUGGACACUACAGGAGGGAGUGUUGGCAAGGGAGUGUGUUUUCCAGUUUAAAGACCGCGCCAUCGACCCCGUGCACGAGUGGUGUCUGCAUGGCAUAAGACCAUCACGCGCAACGAAAGCGUUCGCUGUGAGUUUUCCGUCUCCCGCAGACGAAGAGCACUGGGCGGUAUACAAAGAGCUUUAUAACUUCUUAUGGGAUACGCUGCACCAAGACUGGAAGAGCAAGUAUCGUAGAGACCCUCCGGCUCCAGCGAGAGGUCUUCGACAAAGCCACGCAGCAGGCAGAAUUCACACUCUUCCCGCCGUGCACGGCCUUUCCAAGCGCAGCCAGAACGGCCUGGAUGAGAAAGACCACUUCACCAUGCACCUCCGGGAAGAACACCGCACAAAGCAGUUGGUCGACACAUGGAACGAGUUAGCGCACCGCUCGACCACGAUGCCAGAAGACCUGCAUGUCAUCAUUGCCAACUUGCUCGACUUCAACGCUGACAGGAUUAUGGAUAUACCCACACGUGAAGAACGUAUGAGAGCCAUGAUUCUCAGCUUUCAGUCUUUACCUGUUUCACUCUUCUGGAAUACCGGACCGAAGUGGCGCGAUGGUGGUAACAAUCUAUGGAUGCCUGUCGAGCCCAGCAAGAGCGAGUUAUCUGUGACACCCGUGAUGGAACUCAGCGAUGGAUGGUUGCACUUAGAUCUUGCAUCUGAAGCAGUAGGUGACGUGUCGAGCGCUCGGGUGUUUUUCAUACAUGAGGUUGGUUUAGACAUCUCUGUGCGGUUGAGCUUUCUCUGUUCAGGUCUAUCAGAGCUGGUGUACGACGUCACUCUGCUUGACGCUCAAAACCACAACGAUGGAGCAGCCAGCCGCAGCGUUUUAGGCGAGGCUUCGUAUUCUCUUAUCCUUGCGACUUCUGCGCAAUCGUCAAUUACUUGUUCGACCAGAGGUGCGUUGUUCCGUCACUUGCCGCUCCAAGGCCCAGAAAAGGAAGACAUUGUCCAGCUUUCAUACUGCUGUCCAGUCGUCCUGCAUCCCCGCGACACAGACUUGGAGCCGGAUGAGCCCCACGUAGUAGCUGAAGCCUUGGCUACCGGUAUGAGAAUUUCAGUCAAGUAUGACCCUAUCCCAGAUUUCAUACCAUACCCACGCCGUCUAAACCGCGGCCCGUCAAUGCAAGGCGGCGUCGCCUUCAUCAUACUCCUUCCUAUCCCCGCCGUAAUCGGAGUAUACUGUCUGAUCGCCUUCAUCGUCAUCAUAUCGCGUCCACCGUACACAUUCACGCCAGUGGCCCAAACCUUGCUCACCCUAUUUCUCGUAUUUUUCGUUGGCUGUUCGUUGCUGGGCUUCGCGUGGCUGCUUUUCAUCGAGGCGUUUAUGUAUCGCAUGUGGCUUGCGUCAUUUGAUAGUGAUUAUUGCGUCGAGAUGGAGAGGGGAGGGUGGUGGGCCCGCUAUGUAAGCUUGGAGAGGUGGCUGGCGAGUGUUGAGCAUGCGGUGUAUACGCGUGGCAAGGAAAGUUUGGAGAUGCUACGAAGGGGCUUUGCGCCAAAGGCAAAGAGCGCGUUUGAUGAGGAAGGUGAGACUGGCGGUAUUGCUAUGGGCCGCAGCAGUGUGUGA